AUGGACACGAAACAGGAGUUACUGUGGGGAUUGUACCAGACGACUGCGACGCAUGCUGACGCCGCCGACGGCGUGCAGACAACGUCCUACCUACAUCUACGGACGCUGGAAGACCGCGUAAACACUGGACUACAUAUACAACUGCGUGUGCGCCGCAUUAUCAGCGGUUUUCUUCAACAAGCACCAUUGGUUGGUGCUGCGGAGCUGGAGUGUGCUGCACGCUCCCUGUGA